CAUUUCUAAAAUGUACUAUAGACAUACAUUUAUUUAUAUAACACAAUAAAGUCCUUUAAGUGCUGUGCUUUUCUGUAUUCUUUGUUCUUGAACAAAUAGAGGCAAGCCAGCUUCACCAAAGGAUCACUGAAAAUGUCUAUCACGCUCCUAUGAAUUCCCCCAAUGCAAGAAAUAUGAGAAAGUCUUCUUGCAAGCAAGAAAGCAACAAGUCUGAUUCCUCAAGCCCUGAAACUGUUAAUAAGAGAAGCGACCCCGCUAGUCCCAACACAAGACAAAAGAGAACUGAUGCUUCUGCCAGUCAUAAUCUUGAGCGCUCUGCUCUUGCUAAAAAGCGAUUCACAUUGCAGGGUCUUUCCAACCGAAGGCCUCCCUCUAAAGAUCCCCCGUCUAAAGAGACAGAAGUCACACGUCGCUUCUCUUUAGCCUCCUCAAUCAGUUCCUCAGCUACUAGACGCACAAAAGGUGCUCUUGCUCCUAAUCUUAAAGCUAAGAGGCAUGAAAUAAAGAGUGACCCCACUCCAUUGGGGUAUGAAGAUACAUUAAGAGAUGCUGUACCGUCUGAAAGCAAACGCAGCAGUACUAUAAGUACAAACUCGGCUGUUACUAGAUCUACUUCCCAGCAAGGCUGGACAAAUAGACAGAUUCCAUCGCUGGACACUUGCGAGGAUUUUGAAGCAAUCCUUUCCAGCCCAGAGGAGAUCUCCAACUCUUCAGAGGCAGAGGAGGAACCCAAUAACAAAAAUGACCGUGGUCUGUUUCGAGUUCAGGUGACCUAUGACCCAAAAACAUCUGAACAGCUGUCCCUGGAGUCUGGGGAUUUAGUGCAGUGUCUGGAGGAAGGCGAGAAUGGCCAGUGGCUAGUCAAGAACCUUACAACUCAGAAGACAGGGUUGGUUCCAUCCAGCAUACUGAAAACUGCUGGAGGAGUUCACUUAAACAGUAAUUCUGAUUUCUUCAGUGAUAUGUGCACUGCUGCGUUAACUGACACAGAAGAAAAGGAACGUGAAUACAUGGGGAACAGAGCUACAGAAACAAAGGUUGCAAGUUGAAACACUGGAUCGACUUUGCAUUGCUCUCUGCCUGUGCCAUGCAUUACAUACUCCCAAAGGCAGAGCAUUGCAGAGGAAGCCUAGGAGUUCCAGCUUCCCUCCAGCAUACAACCCCCUGACAAUCAUCUGUGGCUAUAAGCAGAUCACCAAUGCACUUGGCUGCUUUAUCUCAUGGCAAGAGAACUGCAUUCACACUUACUGAAGUGGAAUAAAGUGGUGCUUUAUGCAUUUUAUUUAGCACUGUUUCAGUGCCUUUCCACAGAUUUCCUAUAGCUUGAUCCUUUCCUUUUCUGGAGCUUUAACCUGUAUGUUAUAAAACAAGAGGUCUGUAGCUGAGUGAGACCGAAUUCGGAGAUAAAACUGAUUGAUGUAUGUCCAUUCUACACCAGAGAUAUUGACUCUUUGAAUAACUGUAUGAUCAUGUUGUCCAGUUAAAAAUUGCAAUUCUCUUGUCAGGUGACUAGUUCUGUUGUCAUAGUGUUUACUUGUCUACUUUCUAAUAUGGACCAAUAAUGGCACAAUAUUGAGCAGAUCAAAUUGUAUUUGAUAUUUGAAAAUUGUUAUUUACAUUUCAGAGUAUAAAAUGUGCCUUUGUAUUUUUGUUUUGCUUGAACACUGAAAUACAUUUGUGGUGAUGAUAAACUGGCUUUCUAAGAACAUGGGGUCAACCCUGGGUCUGAGAGAAGUGGGUGUUUAAUACAGUUCUGUAAGCAGAUUACAUGACAAACUGCCAGGGGGUCGGCAGGGAAUCAGAAAAGAGCGAGGGAAAAAGGAAUGGGCAGAGCCAAGCAGAAGUGGACAAGGCAGCCUCAAAAGUGGGGUGUCUGUCCCCAUCCUGCACAACCCUACAGAUUUAUAGUAAAUAUAAAUAUUAUUUAAUUAUCAAAUAUAGAGUAAUAUUACUGUCUUAUUCAAGUAUGUAACAAUGUGAAACUUCACUGAAAAAAUGAAUCACUUCUUUAUGCUACUUAUUUUACAUUAUUAUGUAUCUAUUUAUUAAGCAGAUAUUUAACCUUCUUGUACAAUACCUGUAGCCAGAACUACAGCUAUGGCCAAGUUUUUCAUCACCUUAUAGAAUUAACUAAUUUUGCUUCA